GCUCUUCGUCAUGAGGUCGUUCUUCCUUCUGCUCCUUUCUUUGAUCCUGGUGUCUCAUGGAUCGACGGCUGUCAUCACGGGGGCCUGUGAAAAGGACUCUCAGUGUGGAGGAGGGACGUGCUGUGCAGUCAGCUUAUGGAUUCACAGCCUGCGUGUGUGCAUGCCCAUGGGACAGGAAGGAGCCAACUGUCACCCUUUGAGCCACAAGGUUCCUUUCUUUGGGAAAAGACUCCAUCACACCUGUCCCUGCCUCCCCAACCUGUCCUGUGUUGCCAUUAGCCAGGGAAAAGCCAAAUGCCUCUCACCUUAUGAGUAUCCAGAAUAUUUCUUGUGA